GCAGCGUUGGUUGUUAAGUCAGUGCCUCCGUAGAAGCCGCGGGUGCAGCAUGGCUCUCCUUUCGCGAAUACUUGCUGCGAUUGCGAUCGCUUUAGUUCUUUUAGGAGUGGAUGGAAAACGGUUAACGACACGUAGUUUGAUAAAUGUAAAAUGUCACGAAAAUGGACGAUUUUACAGAAAUCCAGACCGAGCCGAAAGCAAAAUAUGGACAGUAGAUGAAUGCGCAAAAUACUAUCUAUGUUUGGACAACGAGGUCUUCGAGUUCCGUUGUUCACCGACCCUACUAUUCGAUGUGAACAGACAGCUAUGUGACAAGCAACAGAACGUACACAACUGCGAUCUCACUGCAGAGACAAAAGUGCCAACGCCUCUGCUGGACAAAGCAAAAUGUGCUAAUGCUACAUAUCUCGGUUGCUCCAACGGAGAAUGUCUUCCAGUUGAAUAUUUCUGCGACGGCUCCAUUGACUGCAUGGACGGUUCUGACGAAGGCUGGUGCGAUGUAAACUACGACCCUAAUGCUGCAGAGCCGUGUGAUCCUGUUGUCUGUCAACUUCCAGAAUGUUACUGUACUAAAAAUGGUACUGACAUACCGGGAAACCUUGUGCCUAGUCAGACUCCACAAAUGAUCACUCUAACGUUCAACGGAGCGGUGAACCACGAAAACUGGGACAUUUACACGAAGCAUCUACUUACAUCAGAAAGAAAAAAUCCUAAUGGAUGCCCCAUCAAAGCUACGUUCUUUGUGACCCAUCCUUACACAAACUAUAGACAUGUGCAAAAGUUAUGGAAUGAUGGACAUGAAAUUGCUGUUAAUUCUAUUACAUACCGGGGUCCAGCAGAAUGGUGGGCCAAAAACGCCACCAUCGAAGAUUGGUUCGACGAAAUGGUUGGUCAAGCCAACAUCAUUAGCAAAUUCGCGGAAGUUCGGAUGGAAGACUUAAGAGGUUUGAGAGUGCCAAAUUUAGCAGUGGGAUGGAAUCGACAAUUCCUCAUGAUGCAAGAAUUUGGAUUUGUAUACGACGCAACGGUUGUUGCCCCUUUGGUCGAUCCACCAUUUUGGCCAUAUACCCUCGACUACAAAAUGCCUCAUAAGUGCACCGGUAGCAAUCAAUACUGUCCCACCAGAAGCUAUGCUGGUCUUUGGGAGAUGGUGAUCAAUCCUCUUAUCCAUGGAGAACAUGUAUGCGCAACAUUGGACUACUGCCCUUCAAGAAAAAGUGCUGAGGAUAUGUACAAUAUUCUAAUAAACAAUUUUAAGAGACAUUACCUUAAAAACAGAGCUCCAUUUGGGAUACAUAUUAACCCUACAUUGUUGAAGAACUAUGAAUACUUGGCAGCAUUUAAAAAAUUCGUAGACGAGCUCCUGGGGCUCCCCGACGUCUAUUUCGUCUCCUAUAGUGAAGUAAUAGAUUGGAUGAAACGCCCAACACCAGUCCUACAACUAGACAAGUUCCAACCAUGGCAAUGCCAUCGCGUUUUCGAUGAAUGCGAAAUUGCUUGCACUAAACCUAAAACUUGCAAACUGCCAUCAAAAGUUCUAGAACACGACAAGUACAUGAUCACUUGUAAUGAAUGCCCAAAAAGCUAUCCUUGGAUAAGAAAUGAGUUUGGAGUGGAAUGA